AUGUCUCUCACCCACGUCGAUCCCGACAACGUCUUCUUCACCUUUUCCCGCCUCCGGCCUCAAUUCUCCUGCGGCCGCCGCGUCCAGGACACCCUCGACGCCAUCCUCCGCGACGACCUGCGCGCCCAGGACCUGCCCCCCAUCAGCGUGCUACUCGACCCGGCCACCGGCCACCUCUUUAGCCUCAACAACCGCCGCCUCUACGUUUUCAAAGCCUUGCGCGCCGCGGGCCGGCUGGACGCGGUGCCGGUGCGCAUCAAGCCUGUGCCGCAGACGAAGCGCAUGCGCGACAAGUACACGUCGCACAAGUGCGCCAAGGUGGCACGACUCAUGCUGGAGCGCGAGGCGGUCGAGCAGCUAGGGGAAGAUGGCGAGGUCGAGGGCGUGAAUAGCGAGGGCGAGCAGGAGGAACGGGGAGACCAGGAAGAUGUGGAGGCGGAUACUGCGACUGCGACUGCGUCUGCGGCGGUCCCGAGUAAGAAGCCAUCCAAGCCUGUCCGAAACAUGGACGACUGGACGGAUGAAGAGGACAUAGGAAAGAAGAAAAAGGGAGCACGGGGUAAAAAGGGCCGUCGAUAA